AGAAGGCAGAGCAGAGCAGAGUUAAAAAUGAAGAGGAAUCCCAUCUCUACAACACACCUCUUAAUCUUAUCCGUCUUUUGCAUCAUCGUCUCUGUAACAAUUGGCGUCGCGUAUGGCAGGGUACCGAAUCCCGCAAGCUUCAGAAUCCGAGCAGUGAACCUUGGAGGAUGGCUGGUCACGGAAGGCUGGAUCAAACCUUCUCUCUUCGACGGCAUACCCAACAAAGAUUUCUUGGACGGAACCGAACUUCAGCUGAGAUCAGUCACCGUCGGGAAGUACCUGUGCGCAGAGAACGGCGGCGGGACUAUCAUUGUCGCAAACAGAACAUCGGCAUCUGGGUGGGAGUCGUUCAGACUGUGGAGAAUCAACGAGACGAGUUUCAAUCUGAGGGUGUUCAACAAGCAAUUCAUGGGGCUCGGUGGUGGGGAUGGAAACAAGGUUGAGAUUGUGGGGAUCUCCGAGACGGCCGGAGAAUCCGAGACGUUUGAGAUCGUGAGGAGGGAGAGCGACCCAAGUCGGGUUCGGAUCAGAGCCGCUUCGAAUGGGCUGUUUCUGCAAGUGAGGAGCGAGGAAUUGGUGACGGCGGACAGUUCAGGGGCUGGGGAUUGGGGAGACGACGAUCCCUCGGUUUUCGCGAUGACGAUAUCUGGGAGAUUGCAAGGAGAGUUUCAGGUCACCAAUGGCUACGGUCCAAGUUUGGCGCCGCGAGUUAUGAGGGAACAUUGGAACACAUUCAUAGUGGAAGAGGAUUUUAAGUACAUAUCCGAGAAUGGGAUAAAUGCGGUGAGAAUACCAGUGGGUUGGUGGAUAGCCAGUGAUCCAAACCCGCCUCCACCCUUCGUAGGCGGCUCCUUGCAAGCCUUGGACAACGCCUUCUCUUGGGCACUAAAAUAUGGAUUGAAAGUCAUAGUUGACUUGCACGCGGCCCCUGGCUCACAAAAUGGGUUUGAACACAGCGCUUCAAGGGACGCUUCUCAGGAGUGGGGAUUAACCCAUGAAAAUAUAAGACAAACCAUUAAUGUGAUAGACUUUUUGACUGCAAGGUACGUAAAGAGCCCAAGCUUGUAUGCCAUCGAGCUAAUAAAUGAACCACUAUCUCCUGGAGUGUCUUUGUCUAGCUUGGAAGAAUAUUAUCAGGGAGGAUAUGACGCCGUUAGAGCCCACUCUCAAACGGUAUACGUAGUGUUGUCAAACCGAUUAGGGUCUGAAGCCAAACCCAGAGAGUUGUUUGCACUAGCCAGUGGAUUCAAAGGAGCCGUGAUCGAUGUUCAUUACUACAGUCUCUUCUCCAACAUCUUUGACAACAUGACCGUCCAGGAAAAUAUUGAUUUCAUUCACACAAACCGUUCGUCUGAAUUGAGUUACUUGACGACUUCCAACGGCCCUCUCAUUUUUGUUGGGGAGUGGGUGGCCGAGUGGAAAAUUUCAAAGGCAAGCAAGGAUGAUCUUUCAAGGUUUGGUGAGGCUCAAUUAGAGGUCUAUGGGCGUGCAACUUUUGGUUGGUCGUAUUGGGCACUGAAGAAUGUCAACAACCAUUGGAGUUUGGAGUGGAUGAUUGACAAUGGUUUCAUAAAACUUUAGAAACCAUUUUGUAUCAUUUAGUGUUUUUUCUCUAUUGCCAAGUAAAAAAAAUGCAAAAAUCGAGGAUAAAACACGAUCAUUGUAGUUUUGUUGUUUUUGCGGAAUUGGGCUUCACUAACACAGUCCAAUCCAAACAAAUGCAAAUAAGUGGCUUCAUAUGCAUUUUUAGAAUGUGUUUGAUGGGGGUUCGUAGUGAUUGAUUGGUUGAUUUUGAUAAACCCGUCCUCCAGUUCAAGUUUCGUGGCCCUCACUUAUCCAUAUACCCCAGUAACCCCUAGUGGAGAUUUGACACCCUUGAUCCAAUUUGAGGAACAUGAUGUUCGGUUUCAUUGCCCGAGCACCACUUCCCAACCUGCACUCUUCUUCUCAACUAUAGACGGGUCGUGAUAACACUGAAUUUGUCCUAGCACUUAAAGUGAAGUAUAAAUGCAAGUUUCAAGUCGAUCGGAGAUCAACUGGUAACUCAGAGGAAGAAACUCGGGCAUGAGCCAAGGAAGAAUGGAUUUCUAACUCAUUUUAUGGACAAAGAAUCAUGUAAUCUAAGCAUUUAAAUAAAGAGGACGAAACUACGAGAGUCUGGGAUCAAACGGUGACUAAUUCGGAGUCCGGAUGGAGAAACAAAGCAUCAAAGACAAUGGAACAAGAGCCGAGGAAGAAACACGGGUGGGAGAAACACGGUUGUGUUUUGUCCUCUCGUGCCCGUGUUUUAUGUGCCGAGAAGAAACAAGGGAAGGGAUGAAACACAGCCGUCUUUCUGCCUCCUGCUCGAGUAUAAGUAUGGUUUCUGCGAUUUUAGAGAAGGGGAGUUUGGUUUUGCUUCCGAAACACCCAAGGGAUGAACCCCCAGAAAAAGAGAGCGACUUGGAAAAAUUCUUAGAGAUAUUUUGGAGGAUUUCCUCGCCAUUGGAGCUCGAGAAUCAAGAUUGGAGAUGAAGAUUGAAGAUCUAAAU